UAAUAAUGAGCCCAGCAAUGGGGUUUGGGCAAAAGUUCCAUCACUGGCCUGGGUUUAAAUCCCAGCCACAGGAGCUCCAGAACAAGGUGCCAGCAGCUCCACUUCCUGGAGCCAGGAGGUGCCCACAAAGCUCCAGGCACAGCUCACAGCUCCACACUGUCCUUCUUCCAGAGUACGCAGUGGUUCCCAGAGAGGUGUGGGAAGAUUGAGACACCGUGCCCCUCUGUUCCCACCAGGAGCCAUCUCCAGGCACCCACCGCCAUGUCUAAGGACGAUGUGGGCUGCAAGUUGACCUCGGUCUACAAGCACAAGGAGAGGAAGCCGAAAAAGCCUCACUAUAUCCCGAGGCCAUGGGGUAAGCCAUACAACUACAAAUGCUUCCAGUGCCCCUUCACCUGCAUGGAGAAGUCCCACCUCUACAACCACAUGAAGUACAGCCUGUGCAAGAACUCCCUUUCCCUCCUCAUCGAGUCUGACUGGCCCUACAAGAAGGGCAACCUGCUGCACCCAGAGCUGCGGCUGCUGCACGCAGCAGAGACCUCCCGCCUGUGUGGGGACGAGCAGGAGACCUGCGAUUCCUCAGCUACGUCAGGAGGAUCGGCGAGGACCAAGCAGAGCAACAGGGACAGCCACGAGGACAAGCCAGUAUCAGGGGUGGACAUCCUGCCUGGUGGUGAGGGGGCUGGUGAAGAAGGUGGCCAGUUCCAAGAGGAGGAGGAUGAUGUUGCUGGCCUCUUGAGGGAGAUGAAUGCAGGGGAGAAGAAGGAGAAAACAGUGGAGGCAGGUUGCCAAGGUGACCCAACUGAACCAGAAGUGAAUACUUUGGUCUUGGGUUUCAAGAACAAGAGGGACAAGCCUUGCAAGGAGGUAGAGCCUGACUUCAUCAUCACAGAUGUCUUCUCCCUCAAGAACCACGUCAUGAAAAGCAGGGAAAUGGCCUCCCCAGACCUAGAUACUAAGCCAAAGCAUUGCAAAGUGCCGAAGAAAUGCCUGACCAGCAGCGGGAUCCUCAUGGAGCAGUGGAAACUGGUGGCAAAUGGGCAAAGGAGGAACACACCUGAGGUCUCCUCACCUUGUACUGACAGCAACAUCAUCCCAUGCUAUCCCCCUCCGGCAUACAGCGACUACCAUGAACCACAGGGCCUCAACCUGUCACUGCUGGGUAUUAACUACCCAUUAAACCCCAGCCUGUUCUCCUACCUGAGCCCCACCAUGGCCAACAGUACUACAACACACCAACACUUGGCUCAGCUGCCCUUUCUGGCCUCCACGGCGCAGCUGAUGCACCCACAUGCUUCCCAAUUCCAGCCUCUGCAGAGCCCUGAGCGCUCAGCCUUCCUGCCACGCUUCUACUACCCCUUGCUCUUCGAGCACACCUUUGGCUCCACUGAAAGCAAGAUGCCCUCCAGCAAGCCAGAAGCCCAGCAGCUGAUGGGCUCUGUCAUGCCCACACCGCCCCAAGCCAAACCUCCCAGUGAGCCAACCAAACCAGGGCUGCUGAAGGUCCCAGUUCUGAAGACGGGUUUUCCUUGGUCCAAAGAUGUCAGAGAGGACCCGGCCUCCGAGCUCAGCCACACUGCCAUGCUGGGGCAGGAGGAAGAGGAGAAAUGGUUUUGCCAGGAGAAGGAGAGCAACCCUGCACUGGGCCUCAGCAGCCUACACAAAAAGCCAUCUGCUGACAUCUACCAAAACAUGGUGGGAAUAAAGGAUGGUGCUUUUGCCCCCAGCAGUGUCCGGAAGACAGAGCUACCAGUGGUGACCUGUCUGGAGAACACCCCAUCUCCGGGCAACUCCCUGAAGAGGAAGUUCUCUGCCAGUGGGCUGGAUUUGAUAGGACCCGAAAGGCUGAUGCCUGGAAAACUCGGCUACCAGAGCAGUGUUUCAAGGGACAACCCUGGCCACAUCCCCAAAGCCCUGAACCACUGGCACAUGGAGGUCUUUGCAGGCCAACCUGAGGAAUUAGAGAGAGCCAACACUGAAGUUCUUCCCUCUGUGAGUGAUGGCCUGGACCAUGGCUCCUGCAAGCAGAGCCGACCACAAGAGACUUCUGCCACCAUGACAGACUCUGAGGCCACAAACGUGCUUAUAGGGGAGCUGUCCAAAACCUUAGAGGAGUAUCAAGAGGUGGAGAAGAAACUCUCUGAUCUGGCGAAGGAGGACACCCCUGGGCAAAAGGAGCUGAGGGACCAGCUGGUCAAAAUCCGAAGGGAGCUCUACCACAUCCACCAGGCACUGGAGAAAGCCACCAAACCCCAUGAGGGACCUCUGGACCUCUCGGUGAAGAGAUCUUCAGAAGGCCUGGAGAAGGUCCAGCAGGCCAAGAAGGAGCCCUGCAACAUGAGCUUGGGAAGUGAGAAGCUCCACAUUAAAGACCAAGGGGCCCUCAAAUGUACAGCCCCCGGGGAGGCUGGAGAUGGGGGGGAGCUGCCAAAGUGCCUCCUCGAGGCUGAGAACAAAACCAUCGACCUGCUGAUCAAGAUGAGCCGCUCCGAGAGCCUGCGGGCACCCUCCUCGGAAGCACACCUGGGUGCUGUCAUCAAAGCUGAGGUCCUGCCCCUCACCAUGCCCCUGGAGCUCCGGAGCGUGAUGGAGCCCUACUACAGCCGUACCACCAAGUGCGAGGCUGACUCCAGUGUCCUGCUGUGCUCCGAUGGCAGGUCCAGCACCAGCCAGGGCCCUCAGCUCCCAGUCCCCACUGAGGACAUGCCGCUGGGUUGCCGGGCCAUGCAGUGCUCCCUGUCCUGCAGCCUUCCCAGCGAGACAGACACAGGCUGUGUCCACAGCCCUCUGCAUGCUGACCCCUAAGUCCACCUCUCUCAAAAGCUCCUGAAUCUCACUGACCACCUCAUGCUUUACCUUCCCAGUCUCCCACCUCUCCACUCUCCCUCUCCCCCAUGGAUAAAAGCUUAACCACUGCCUGGCUGGGGACACGUUACAUGGGGUCCCAGCCAGCUCCCCAAGCUGACCCCACAAGGUGUAAAAAGCCAGUCCCUGUCCUACCCCACUGUCAAGGACGGUGCUGCUGGGCUCUGCAUGCUCCACAGCCUCAGCUCCCUGGUCCUGGAGCUCCCUUGGGAAGGGAAGUCACUGGCAGGCAAAAUAAGAAAGGCGCUGAAAGCACCAAGCUUCCAGCAGAAGGGUCAUCCAGCCCUCUCAUCAGAGACACUCAGGGAGUUCUGCAGCCCACCUGCCAUGGGUAGAUACCAGACAGGGUAUAUGGAAAGCCAAGCCUCAAUCCAGCCAUGGUUGCGCUGCAGCAGACUGUGGCUGUCACCUUGUACAGAGCAAAGACACAAUGGCUUCACCCCUUAGUGGCUUGAGGGUCACAGCAGGGAAUCGGACGUGCAGCCGGACUGACCCAGAGGCCAUGUACUUCUCACACUGUGGAGACAUGAACAUCCUCCCAGCCACAAUGACAAGAUGACACAGAAGCCACUUUGCCACAGCUCCACACCUGGGGCUGAGCUCUCCUGUCACAUGUCAGGGGCCGCUGGGUUGUAGGGACUUUUCCUGUCCAUCAGUCCCCCAGUGUCUGGCUUCUUCUUUUGCCUUUCCAUAGAAGGGACCUUCUCUGCUUCUGCACGAAUGGCCUUUCCCAUGCAGAUGUGAUGCAUGCUCCUUACAAAGGCCCCAGUCCUGCAGAGCUCACAUGAGCUCUUGCCCACUAAUCCUAAUCCCCAAAUGAUGACACAUGGGACAGCAAAAUGGGUAAGAUGAUACUGCCAUGAACCUCACAGCUCAAGGGACAAAGACCCUAAAGUCAGCUGUGAAGGGACAAAGCUGGACCAAUGCUGAGUGGCCACCCCUCAGCCAGAGCACUGGAGAGCAACCACCCGGGGCAGAUGCCUGCUCCUUGUAGGACCCAUUGCUGUCCCAAAAGGCCACCUUCUCCCUAUGCUCACUGCGGGCUCUUGCCCCUAACAGGCAAACUGGUACCCACCGCAGGGCAGUGACACCUCCUGUCCCCUGCCACCCUGCUGAGCAGCAUCUGCUCUGGCUCAGGAUGUCCCCAUACUUGGGCCAGCAUUUCUUGGGCUCCCUCCCACUGUGGCAGGUAUAAUGUGCUUGGCUCAGCUUGGAAAAGCUGGGCAACCUCUCUUCUCCCAUCCACUCUCCUGUUCAGGAGGUGGUGGGGUCUCCUGUUAGCACCAAAGGCCUUCACUGACUUGACCUGGUGGCAAUGAGAAGAGCCAGGAUGGAGACAGGAGGGCAUGACAAAGAGGACAGCGAGCAAAGCCACAAAUAAGGGACCUACACAGCACAGCGAGGGAGCUUUAGACAUUGGAUUUUCUCUGGACAUAAAGUGGAGAAUCCUACUUUGGAUGCCUAAGAAGGUAAACCCACAUGCCAGACUUAGGACCCACAAGUACUUUGAUGGACCCAGGCACAGAAGAGCUGGCUCUUCUCAUGUGAUUGCUCUCUGGACAAAGCUUCCACCUCAUCAGAAGGGUUUAUUUCUCACUCAAGGACUUGGCUUAGGGCACACAGGGAGAUGGUGCUGGGCCUUUCUUUCUGGGUUUGAACAAUGCUGUCAUCUUUGGAUGGUGUGAGACCAUCAGCAGAGCAGCCCCCUCCACACCAAGCACCUUGCUCACAUCACCCACUCCCAACAGCCUGCCAGUCUCUUCAGCCUCUUCUGCCACCCUCUGCCCCCCGUCACCCUG